AGUGUAUGUAUGUAUAUUAAUAUUAAUGUAGAGAAAUUUAGUAAGCAUUUUAAUAGUAUUAGGAAAAUAUUUAAUAGUAGUUUGUCUUAUUUUCAAAUUAGUUUUAAUCGUAAAGGAUAACUCUCAAUUCACCUCGUAAGUUCGGCAGUUGCAACGUAGAGUGGACAACUAUAGAUUUUCUUUUUAUGUCAAUGUAUGCUACGUGACAGCUCGUGAGUAAAUAGGUUAGGGGUAUUUUUGAAUGAAUUUGACAGUAACAGUCGUGUACUUAAAAUGAGCGAAAAAAAUACUAACACCGCCUUGGUUCGAAGAGUGAAUAAAUUACUCGAAUCAAGAGUUGAACAUGACAAGGAUACACUUGAAGCUUUAAAAGAAUUGUCCACAUUUUUUACGGAGAAUACAUUGAACGCUCGUCGAAAUUUAAGAAGUAAAAUCGAAAGACGAAGCUUGGCUAUAAAUGAAGAAUUCCUGUCCGCUUUUAGGGAAGUAAAAUCUUCUUUGGACGAUAUAUACCAAGACGUUUUAGCCAUGAAUACUGCUGUUCAGUGUAUGACAAACCGUUUACAAAGUACUAAAACCCAAACAUCGCAACUCAUUGAUCAAACGACAAAACUUCAAAACAAAAGUCAAACAUUGUCUAUGCAACAUGAAGUUGCAACCGCAUUUAUUAAAAACUUUCAACUAACUCAGUCAGAAUUAGCUGCUUUGCAUGGAUCCAACAGAGAUUCACCUAUAUCAGAGGAAUUUUUUUCUGUAGUUAACCGUGUCCAGGAGAUCCAUAGCAAUUGUAGAAUAUUAAUGCAGUCAGGAUAUCAAACAUUGGGUUUAGAUAUUAUGCAAAGAAUGACACUGCUACAAGAGGCAGCUCUUGAGAGGCUAUACAGGUGGACACAGAAUCAAUGUAAAAACAUUGAAAAUGAACGUUUAGCACCGCUUCUAAUUAAGGCAAUGAAUAAAUUGCAAGACAGACCAGUUUUAUUUAAAUAUAUUCUAGACGAAUAUUGUGCAGCUAGAAGAACUGCAUUAGUGGGGUCUUUCAUAGAUGCAUUGACAUUGGGUGAAGGAUACGGUGGAACACCCAAUCCUAUCGAAAUGCAUGCAAAUGACCCUAAAAGAUAUAUUGGUGACAUGCUCGCUUGGUUGCAUCAGGCUAUUCCUGUUGAAAGGGAAAAUAUUCUAACUCUCAUGAAGGGCUGUGAUAAAACUGAUGUAUCUGAUCAAAUUAAACAAUCUUUGAGUAAUAUCACGGACGGACUUUGUCAUCCUUUAAAAUCGAGAAUAGAACAUGUUGUCUCCAUGGAUGCACCAGCCACGGUGUUAUAUUCAGUAACAACCCUUCUAAGGUUUUAUCGGGAUAUAAUUCAACAAGUUCUGUCGGAGAGUUCUUUAGAUUCAACGUUAUCGGAUUUAUUAGUACUUAGCGAGAAAAGUUUCCUUAGUAGACUACAAAAGGAGACACGAAUUGCGCUUGGCGAACGUGCAGAACCUCCAGGAACUGAUCUAAUUCCAGCGCCGUCCGUUUCACGAUUAUUAACACUUCUCAAUGAAAUUUUGUCUGUGGCUAGCAUCGCGGCAGAUAGAGAAAAAGACAUGUUACAGAUAGUAUCAUGUAUUAUUGAUCCACUUCUGCAAGAAGUGAAUGAGACUGCAUCAAGAUUACCUACGGUAGACAUGGCUGUAUAUCUUCUGAAUUGUAUGCAUCAAAUACAAUCUACUUUAGCAUUGUAUGAAUACAUGGAUCAGAGACUAGAAAGAUUACAGGCUCAAUCUGAUGCACAAAUUGAUACUCUUACAUCAGAGCAGGCUAGUUCUUUAGUAGCACAUUUAAAUCUCGGUUCAAUCUAUACCAUAUUACAAGGGCACGAGCAAGGCCCAUUAUCUUCUAUUCCUGGAAUGGAUCCUUUGAGUGUAAAAGAGUUUACGAAUAAACUGGAAGCUUUCCUAGUGAUGCCAGAUGUAUUGUUACUUCCUCAAAUAAGUUUACUCCAAAGUAACAAUCACCGUUUAAUAACACAAAAACGAUCCUUCGAGGUAAUCGGCGCCAUCUACAAACAACUCUACGAAGCCUGUCACGAUUCCAAAAACCUCUAUCAAAAUCCAAAUGGUCUCUUCACAAGGACCCCGGACGACCUUUUAAGAACUCUGAUCGCCGAAUAAUUGAACUCCCAUGAAACUGUAAAUAAAUAAUUGUAAAAUAA